GAGCUUGGGGAGCGAGGAAACCUUGCCUUGGCAAGACGACUGCUGCAGCGGGCGGUGCAGAACCGGAUCACCAGGCUCUUCAACAGGAUCCAGGAGGGUGAGACACCAGGGGAGAAUCCGGAGAGCGAGUUUCUGACCACCGAGGACUUCGAAGUAGGGGCUCCCAUUGGCGAAGGCAAGGAGCAGAAAGAUGCCAUUGAUGAGGAGGUGAGCAAUUUGGUUGGGAUGACCAAGGCCAAGGAAUGGUUUGCUCAGGUGCGCCAGAAGGUAGCUUUUGUGGAGCAGACAGGCACCAGGAGUGACCUUCGCGUUUGCCUGAAUAUCAUCAUCACUGGGAACCCUGGCACUGGCAAAACGACGUUUGCGCGCUUGCUGGCGCGUUUCUUCCACACCUACGGAGUGCUUCCCAAGGAUAGCUUCGUGGAGAAGAAUGGCCUGGAGUUAAAAGCGGAGUUCAUGGGCGGCACCGCUCCGCGGGUCAAAGCCGCAGUUCAGGAAGCCAUGGGCGGCUGCCUCUUCCUGGAUGAAGCUUAUGCACUCAUGGACUCUGCAGCCGGGGUUGGGGGAGCUGGAGAUGCCUUUUCCCAGGAAGCCUUGAGGACACUCCUCACGGAAGUCGAGAAUCAUCGCACAAAUCUGAUGGUAGUGCUGGCUGGGUACAAGGAGAAGAUGGGAAGAUUGAUGCGCGCUGAGGAAGGCUUGGCCAGACGGUUUCCGAAUCGCCUUCACCUGGACGACUACACUCCUGGCGAGCUGGCCCACAUUUGUGAGACCUGCGCAAGGCACCGUCACCAGCGGGAGUUUGAGCCAGGCUUGAAGGAAAAGCUGGAGAAGCAUAUCGAGAACUUCUACUGGCGCGACAUUGCUCAGCAGAAUGCGGGGCUUUCAGUCAAUCUGACGGAGAAGGCCUUGGACAGGCAGAUCGUUCGCAUCGUCUCGAAGUAUCCAGAGGCCUUUGCUCAAAUGUCUCUGCCGGGCAGAUCAUCUGCUGCGCCGAGCUCCCCUCAAGAUGCUCCCACGCUGUCGCGUCAGCGGAGUGGUAGAAGCAUCCAGGAUGUGAAGGCGGAGGUGGCCGUCUUCACCGCUGCGGAUUUUGGUAUCGAAGAACGACCCACGAUGGGCGACCCCGAGCUACGCAAGCGUGUGCAGCAGGAGGUUGAACGCCUCACAGGCAUGGCCAACGUCAAAGAUUUCUUUGCCGAGCUCUCUCGCACGGUGGCGUUUGUUGAGCGCGGGGGAGACCCGCGCGUCCUGCAAACGAGCCUCAACCUGCGACUGACAGGAAACCCCGGGACGGGCAAGACGACUGUUGCGCGCCUAAUUGGCCGCUACCUUUAUGCCCACGGUGUGCUUCCGCGUGACACCUUCGUCGAGCGGAAUGCUUUGGCCUUGAAAGGACAGUUUGUCGGGCAGACAGCGCCCACUGUGGCAGAAGCUGUGCGCGAUGCCAUGGGUGGAUGCCUUUUCAUUGACGAGGCCUAUGCCUUGGCAGAUCGCGGAGGUGACAAGUUCAGCGGCGAAGUCAUCCGCACCCUCCUCACAGAGGUGGAAAACCAUCGCACGGGGCUACUUGUAGUUCUUGCUGGGUACGCCGACAAGAUGGACGUGCUCAUGGAUUCAGACCCUGGUCUGCGACGUCGCUUUUCAUUAGUCCUGCAACUGGAGGACUACAGUGCUGAAGAGUUGGCGGAGAUUUGCGAACAUGCGGCGCAAGAUCGUUUCAACCUUUCGUUCGCGCCCGGCCUCCGGGGGUCCUUGGCUACCCACAUCCGGCAGCAGCAUGGAGCGGAGAUCUCCCAGCACAACGGAGGACUUGCCGUCACCCUCGCAGAGAGAGCUUUCCGCCGCUUGGCCACGCGGUGCCUGAGGCUGAUUUGGCACGAGAAUUUCUUUUCGAGGUCAUAUAGACUUUCCAAAUUCCAAAUGCUUAAGAUGGAGACUUGCAUGAGCACUAAACAUAAUAUGGUGCUAUUGUACUUGAGGUAUUGA